UUCGGAAAAGUACAGUGUUUCAUGUAAUAAUAACUGCGUGGUUUAGUGCGCUGUUGGGUCUGGAACGCACCAGCUCGCGCUCCUCGAGCAUAUCUGUCGCGUGCGGGUUAUCGUUUGGCUGCCUGUACUUCUCACACUUUUGAGGACCUGUUGUGCGUUCUGUGAUGGAUUAAACAGUAUUAAAAUAAUAGCAAGUCCGGAUACGGUCAUUUAAUCGACGCGGUAUAUUUACAAACAUCAAGAAACAACAGGUAAGUUUGGGUUCAAAUCGCAAAAUCAUAAAUCGAGUUGGUGUGUGCUUCUUUUUAUCAGACCAAAUGAGUGUAAAAAAUACACCUAAUUUAUACAGUCCAGAUUCAAGGCACCGUAUGACAUGUUUCCUAAACGUUUAAUGCAGGUCUAAGUGCGAAUACACACGCUUCCAUUACCACUAGCACCCAAAUACACACAAAAUAUAUGUAACUGACAUCCUAAUGCAUUACUUUACUAUGUUAGCCUACACGAUUACCACAUGAACCUGUAGUUUUGACUGUCACAGCCUGUUGUGCAGAAAUGAGAAGUGUUUAAAUGUUUUUGGCUGUUUGCUCGUUCGCUGCGUUCAUGCAGUUCUCGCUAUGGAAGUGUAGGGGGUAACCCCUGAUUACAGUCGCAUUUGUAUAAUGGCAACUUAUCGGUUUUUUAAAUCAAAAGAUAAAUAAAGGUGUGCAAUGCAAAUCGUGGGAUCCUAAAAGUAAUGGAACCUGCUUGUUUUGUUACACGUAUCUUUUUAGUCACACACCAGUGAAGAUAAUGUCACAUCAAUGAUCUUCAAUAUUAAUAAUUAUGUCGCCUAGUCGUGUGUCUUAAGUGGCGUUUAAGUGGACAGAAGAGUCUCGUCCGUCAAUCCACGAGGCGCCCAUCAAACGCAGACCUGGUAUGGAAAUUGUCACGCGCCGAAUGACAGCAACCACCUGCAAUAUCAGACCGCACGCUGCAAAACACUAGUUAAUUGUUAAAUGCUGGUGCUCACUUUGUCGCAUGUAAAAAUGCGUUAGAAUUCCGACUGUAACUACCAAAAACGAAAUACGUAAAAGGAAAAACUGUAACGUGCGGAAUUCUUCGAGCUGCGAGACGCGCGAGGGGCUCAUCGCAGUUUACAGUACUGGUGCAUCCAGACCGUGGUGCAAUCAAGAAAAUUCCGUUCUCCUUAAAUUGAGAGGCAGGGGUAAGAGUAUACCUGGCCUUGUCAAUGCAGGGUAUCCGUCAUUACAAGAUCAGUCUUCCCACCUUAAUAUGACGAACAACAUAUUAACAGGUAUCUUACAUUCCACAUACUUAAGUAUGUGAGAUGAUUAUUACCCAAAUUGCGUAUGUGUGUGUGUCAUUUUCUUGUUUUAUUUUCGUCUGUAUCCAAGUUUAGGUGGCAAGGUACUGUGCGCAGGUUCACGGUGAACUAGCCUACUUGUCACUGACAGCAAACAGCCCCGGCCGCGUGAGAUGACCUAGCCGCGAUGUCGCAGCUGUACUACCGCCGCACGGACAACUCGUCGUACCGCGACCGCAUCCCCCUGCGCAUCGUGCGGGCGGAGUCGGAGCUCUCCGCGCAGGAGAAGACCUACCUGAGCGCGGUGGAGAAGGGCGACUACGCCAGCGUCAAGCAGGCCCUGGAGGAGGCCGAGAUCUACUUCAAGAUCAACAUCAACUGCAUCGACCCGCUGGGCCGCACCGCGCUGCUCAUCGCCAUCGAGAACGAGAACCUGGAGAUCGUCGAGCUGCUGCUGGGCUUCAACGUCUACGUGGGCGACGCCCUGCUGCACGCCAUCCGCAAGGAGGUGGUGGGGGCCGUGGAGCUGCUGCUCAACCACAAGAGGCCCAGCGGGGGCAUGCAGGUGCCUCCGAUCCUCCUGGACAAGCAGUUUUCGGACUUCACCCCCGACAUCACGCCCAUCAUCCUGGCGGCGCACACCAACAACUACGAGAUCAUCAAGCUGCUGGUGCAGAAGGGCGUGUCCGUGCCCCAGCCGCACGAGGUGCGCUGCAACUGCAUUGAGUGCGUGUCCAGCUCGGACGUGGACAGCCUCCGCCACUCCCGCUCGCGCCUGAACAUCUACCGGGCGCUGGCCAGCCCCUCCCUCAUCGCCCUGUCCAGCGAGGACCCCUUCCUCACCGCCUUCCAGCUCAGCUGGGAGCUGCAGGAGCUCAGCAAGGUGGAGAACGAGUUCAAGUCCGAGUACGAGGAGCUGUCGCAGCAGUGCAAGCAGUUCGCCAAGGACCUGCUGGACCAGACCCGCAGCUCCCGGGAGCUGGAGAUGAUCCUCAACUUCCGCGACGACGCCAACCCGCUGGAGGAGGAGACCAACAACGACCUGGCCCGCCUCAAGCUGGCCAUCAAGUACCACCAGAAGGAGUUCGUGGCCCAGCCCAACUGUCAGCAGCUGCUGGCGUCUCGCUGGUACGACGAGUUCCCGGGCUGGCGGAGGCGGCACUGGGGAGGGAAGUUCCUCACCUGCGUCUUCAUCGGCCUCCUCUUCCCCCUCUUCUCCCUCUGCUACCUGAUGGCCCCCAAGAGCCGCUACGGCCUGUUCAUCCGCAAGCCCUUCAUCAAGUUCAUCUGCCACACCGCGUCCUACCUCACCUUCCUCUUCCUCCUGCUCCUGGCCUCGCAGCACAUCGUCUCCAACGACCCCAACCGCCAGGGCCCCGCCCCCACCACCGUGGAGUGGAUGAUCCUGCCCUGGGUGCUAGGUUUCAUAUGGACGGAGAUCAAGCAGAUGUGGGACGGGGGGUUCCAGGACUACAUCCACGACUGGUGGAACCUCAUGGACUUCGUGAUGAACUCCCUCUACCUGGCCACCAUCUCCCUGAAGGUGGUCGCGUACGUUAAGUACAGCGGCUGCAAGCCCAGGGACAAGUGGGAGAUGUGGCACCCAACGCUGGUGGCGGAGGCCGUGUUCGCCAUCGCCAACAUCUUCAGCUCGCUGCGGCUGAUCUCCCUCUUCACCGCCAACUCGCACCUGGGGCCGCUGCAGAUCUCGCUGGGCCGCAUGCUGCUGGACAUCCUCAAGUUCCUCUUCAUCUACUGCCUGGUGCUGCUGGCCUUCGCCAACGGCCUCAACCAGCUCUACUUCUACUACGAGACCGACGAGGUCAGCGACUGCAAGGGCAUCCGCUGCGAGAAGCAGAACAACGCCUUCUCCACGUUGUUUGAGACCCUGCAGUCGCUGUUCUGGUCCAUUUUCGGUCUGAUCAGCCUGUACGUGACCAACGUCAAGGCCCACCACGAGUUCACGGAGUUCGUGGGCGCCACCAUGUUCGGCACCUACAACAUCAUCUCCCUGGUGGUGCUGCUCAACAUGCUCAUCGCCAUGAUGAACAACUCCUACCAACACAUAGCGGAUCACGCAGACAUCGAGUGGAAGUUCGCCCGGACCAAGCUCUGGAUGAGCUAUUUCGAGGAGGGGGGCACGCUCCCCUCCCCCUUCAACAUCGUGCCCAGCCCCAAGUCGGCCUGGUACCUGGUCCGGUGGAUAAAGAGGCACGUCUGCAAAGAGACCAACACGAAAAGGCCCGAGUCCUUCGGAAUCCUCGGGAGACGGGCCGCCGAGAACCUUCGAAUAAAUCACCAGUAUCAGGAGGUGCUGAGAAAUUUGGUCAAGAGGUACGUGGCUGCAAUGAUCCGGGACGCAAAGACAGAAGAGGGGCUGACCGAGGAGAACUUCAAGGAACUGAAGCAGGACAUCUCCAGCUUCCGCUACGAGGUCAUGGGGAUGAUGAGGGGGACGAAGCCCAGCCUGCAGGCGGGGAAGGCGGUCGCGGGGACCUCGAGCCUGGCCUACCCCGACCGGCCGCUCAAGUACUCGCCGGCGCCCCCUGCCGAGCAGCCGAGCAAGGGCAAGCUGAACCUCUUCAGCGUCACCACCGCCCUGCUCCAGCAGAGCUCCGCCUCCUCCAAGCCCGCCGAGGCCUUCAAUGGGCUGGCUAAUGGGUUGGCGGCGCUCCUGCCCGCCCCCCAGGCCCCGCCCCCCAGGGACAGGCCGCAGCUCCAGAGGAAGGACUUCCCCAAGGACAUCUCCGACUUCGGGCUCUUCCAGAAGCGGCGCAAGGGCAGUGCCGCCGCCGCCGCCGCCGCCGCCGCCGCCGGGCCCAACCCCAACCGGAUCUACUCCGUGUCCGAGGAGGUGGGCGAGGCCGAGGCGGGGGAAGGGGAGGAGCCGGCAGGGCCGUCGGCCAAUCAGGAGGGGCAGGGGGUCGGGCAGACCGGGUGCCGGGAGGAAGAGGAGGGGAAUAAGGAGGAAGUAGAGAAAGACGGUCACCCACAGGAGGAAACGGCCGGUGGGGAUGCUUGUACGUCCCCGUCAGGAGAAAAGUAGCUCCGUGGGUUUAGAACGAAAUGAAACGGACCACAGUUUGAACACGAGAGACCGAUGGACACAGUGGGAAUACGCUCAUGGUCUUCAGAGGACUGUCCUUCUGAUCGUGGUCAGCCGGCAUUUGAAUGGAUUAUUUUCCACAAGGCAUUCAUAAUUAAUACGUUUGAGUGGAUACGUUCUGUGAAGCAUUUGAAUGGAUACAUUCUGUGAAGCUAUUUGAAUGGACACAUUCCAUGAAGGUGCUUGAAUGGAUACACUCUGUGAAGCACUGAAAUGGAAACAUUCCGGAAGGAAUUUGAAUGGAUAGAUUCUGUGAAGCAUUUGAAUGUAAACAUUCCGGAAAGGCAUUCGGAAUGGAUACAUUCUGUGAAGGAGUUUUUAACGGACACAUUCCGUGAAGCAUUGAAAUGUAAACAUUCCAGAUGGCAUUUGGAACGAAGGUGUCCCAAAAUCCUGGGGGGGACACACAUUUCUCCGACAGGAUUCAUAGAAUUUACGGG